AUUGAACCUUUGAACUUAACUUCAGCCAAUCAUGCUAAUAAAGCUAACUGAGGUGUUCAGGAAAUAAUCAUAAGGAAGUACAAUGUAUAUGUAUAUUGCUCAGUAACUUCCUCUCACUAGACUAGACUACAGAAAUAGAGAAAUGAAGGUUUUUUUUUGAGGAAGCAGCUGCUACAUUUACUAUAACUAUUGAAUUUAUUCAAUAUUUCUUUUAAAGUCCUUUCUCUUACCAUAGCUAAAGACAUGCAAGAAUCUAUUUACACUAACUGAGAAUCUUGGAAGAUUGAAGAUCAGAGAACCGAGAGUCUGAAAUUUACAUCACUACCCUGAACAGUACAACCUUAGUUGGCAUAAACUACUCAUACUGAUCCUGUGACAAAAUCCAAGAAAAUCUGAUAUAAAUGAAUAACACAACAUGCAUUCACCCAUCAGUGAUCUCUUCCAUGGCUUUGCCAAUCAUUUACAUCCUUCUUUGUAUUGUUGGUCUUGUUGGAAACUCAUUCUCUCAGUGGGUAUUUUUAACAAAAAUAGGCAAGAAAACAUCAACACACAUCUACCUGGUACAUCUUAUCACUGCAAACUUACUUGUGUGCAGCACCAUGCCUUUCAUGAGCAUCUACUUCCUGAAAAGUUUCCACUGGGAAUAUCAAUCUUAUCAAUGUAGAGUGGUCAAUUUUUUGGGAACUCUAUUCAUGCAUGUAAGUAUGUUUGUCAGUCUCUUAAUUUUAAGCUGGAUUGCCAUAAGCCGUUAUGCUACCUUAAUAAAAAAGGACUCCAAGCAAGAGACCACAUCAUGCUAUGAGAAACUAUUUUAUGGCCAUUUACUGAAAAAAUUUCGUCAACCUAACUUCUCAAGAAAACUGUGCAUUUAUAUAUGGGGACUUGUGCUAGGCAUAAUUCUUCCCGUUAUCCUAUACUACUCGAUUGUGGAGGCCACAAAAGGAGGAGAGAGUGUGUGCUACAAUCGGCAGAUGGAACUAGGAGCCAUGGUCUCUCAGAUUGCAAGUCUCAUUGGAACCUCACUUACUGGAAUUUCAUUUUUAGUUGUACUCCUAUCAUACUACUCUUUUGUCAGUCAUCUGAGAAAAGUAAGAACUUCUACAUCCAUUACAGAGAAAGAUUUGACUUACAGGUCUGUAAAAAGGCAUGUUUUAGUCAUUCAGAUCCUACUAAUAGUUUGCUUUCUUCCAUACAGUAUUUUUAAACCUAUUUUUUAUGUUCUGCACCAAAGAGAAGAAGACUGUGCACAGUUAAAUUAUUUAAUAGAAAUUAAAAACGUCCUCACUUGUCUUGCUUCAGCCAGAAGUAGCACAGAUCCAAUUAUAUUUCUUCUGUUAGAUAAAACGUUCAAGAAGACACUGUAUCAUCUGUUUUCAAAAUUGAAUUCACCACAUAUACAACCACAUGGCUGACUUUUGGAUGGAAAAGAACAUGAAAUAGGUGUUCGUAUGACUCUCCUAGGGACACUAAACAAUGAACACUUCAUGGUUUGGUUGACAAUGGGCACUGAGAAAACCUCCAGACUUAAAAAAAUAAACAAAUAACAUACCCUUAACAUUGGACUUGCAGUUCUACUUAUACUGAAAGUUGAGAUGGCAGAGACCUUCAGAAAUAAGUAUACUAAACUUAUCCAGCUGCAUAUGAAAUCGACUGACAAGUUUCUUUGUUUGAACUCAAUCAUGGAUCUUCUAUACCAUACACAGUGUUUAAUGGCUGUAGAAUGAAGAAACAAAUGGUUUAUAGAGUUGUCUACUUUCUAGUUCUUAGAAUACAAGGGUCCAACUAUAGUUAGUAUUUAUUGCAUUUUUAACUUAUAGAGUACAAGAAAGAAUGAGUAAGAAAUUUUUUUACUUAGGGAGUAUCAUCAUUGUGAUAAUGAUAAUACAGUGUAAAAUCCAAGAUUUUAUAAACACAUUAUUUGCCAAUUAUUUGUUUGGUCUUCCCUGGACCCUGUUAUCUUAUUGGAAGGGGCAAUAUUCAUAGAUUCUAAAUUUAUUAAGAAGCUGUAACUCAUAAAGAUGCUUAAAUACAUGGAUUAGCCAUUGUUGAAAUGAAAUGCUAAUAUGUGAUUAUAUGCUUAUCUUCAUUACAUUUUGUGUCCUUUUCGCUACAUAAUGUGAUUAAUGACAAUACCUACUAUGUAGACAAUUAAUUUUUAUUAAGGGAAUGUUAAAAUACUAUAAACAGUAUAACAUACCAUAGUCUAUUAUGACAUAUUAUGAUAUAUUAUGGAUCCAUCUCUACUAGGACAAUUCUGGGUAAAUUAUCCUCUUUAUAUGUUAAUUUCUUCCUUUGUUAAGUAGGAAAUAUGAUCUUAUUCAUAGGCCCUCUCAGGAAAGCACAUAAUGCUACUAUUUUGAGGAAAUGUCUACUUGCUAUGUGCUGGCCAAUGUACUUAUAGACUGGGUAUUCUAUUUAUAUGCUUUAUACAUAUUAAUCAUCAGAAUGAUAAAGUGUGCUAACUUACUGAUGAAAAGUUAAAGUAUAUAGUUAAGUAAGCUAUACUAAUUUCUUCAAUAUCUAAGUAAACAUUUUAAAGUAAACAUUGCUUAAUGGCCAUUUCUUUCUUUCAUGUAUUCCUGUCAGUAACACAAAUGAUGGUGAAUAUAUUCUGUAUUACAUAUAUUAUAAUUAAAAUAAAAAACAUGUUUUGUCUUUCCCAAAAGAUCAUAAACAUCUUUGAAGCUAUUCCUACUU